GGGGCAAGCAUCUGUGCAGGCUGAGCUGAAGGGAGAGUGCAUUCAGCUUUCUGGAGUGUGAUCACUUACUCAGGCAAUGGACUGUGAGACAAGGAAUGGGGGCACUGGCACAGAGAUCCAGGCAGAACCUAUGCUGAAUGCCUUUGAUAUGGCAGAAGAACCAGUCACAGCUGCCCAGCGCAGAAAGAAGAAAUCCAGCAAGUGGAAAGUUCUCUCCCUGGUAAUCUGUGUGUGCAUAUUAACAGCCAUCCUGGGAUGCAUAUUUGGACUUAAGCCUAGCUGUUCCAGGGAAGUUAACAGCUGCAAAAAUAGGUGCCUUGAACGAAAAUUUGGAAGCUGUCGCUGUGAUAGUGCCUGUGUUGAGCUUGGAAACUGCUGUUUAGAUUAUGAAGAUUUAUGCAUACAACCAGCUCACAUCUGGACAUGUGACAGGUUACGAUGUGGCGAGAAGAGGUUAACUGGCAGUCUGUGUUCCUGCUCUGAUGACUGUAAAAACGCAAAUGACUGCUGUAUUAAUUAUGAUUCUGUUUGUAGAGGAAACAAAAGCUGGGUAGAAGAAAAAUGUGAAGACCUGCAAACACCCAUUUGUCCAGCUGGGUUCUCUCAGCCUCCAGUCAUCUUAUUUUCACUGGAUGGAUUCAGAGCAGAAUACUUUCAUACCUGGAGCGAACUUCUUCCCGUGAUCAGCAAGCUAAAAAAAUGUGGGACAUAUGCACGUGCCUUAAGACCAGUGUAUCCAUCGAAAACCUUUCCUAACCACUACAGCAUUGUAACAGGCCUCUACCCAGAGUCGCAUGGUGUUGUGGACAAUAAAAUGUAUGACCCAUACAGAAAUGCUUUUUUCACACUAAGAAGUUCUGAGAAGUUUAAGUCUUCAUGGUACCAAGGAGAACCUGUAUGGAUAACUGCUAUGAAUCAAGAGCUAAAGACGGCAACAUACUUUUGGCCAGGAUCAGAUGUGAAGAUCAAUGGAACUUAUCCAAACUUUUACAAGGAAUACAAUGGAUCAGUUCCUUUUGAAAACCGAGUCAUAUCAGUCCUUAAAUGGCUAAGUCUACCUGAAAAUAUGAGACCACACUUUUACACUCUGUAUUUAGAAGAACCAGACUCGUCAGGACACAAAUACGGUCCAGUGAGCAGUGCAGUAAUAAAAGCUCUCAUGACUGUAGACCGUAUAGUUGGAAUGUUGAUGGAUGGACUUAAACAAAUGCAGCUGGACAAAUGUGUAAAUCUUCUGCUUCUUUCAGACCAUGGCAUGGAGGAAUCACGCUGUGAAAAUAUAGCAUAUCUGACAUCAUACAUGAAUACCUCUGAAGAUUAUGUAGUGAUAUAUGGGCCAUCAGCACGUCUAAGACCCACUCGAGUACCAGAUGAGUAUUUCUCUUUUGACUAUGCAGAUUUCUCCAAGAAUCUUACAUGCAGAGAGAAGAAUCAGCAUUUCAAACCAUUUCUGAAGCAGGACUUGCCUAAGCGUUUACAUUUUGCUAAAAAUGACAGAAUUGAAGCACUUCACUUUUACUGUGAUCCCAAAUGGCAAGUUGCAAAGUCACAAAAUGAAGUCUCAAAAUACUGCCAUGGAGGAUUUCAUGGUUCUGAUAAUCUUUUCAAGAAUAUGCAGGCUCUCUUCAUUGCUUAUGGUCCCAAGUUCAAGUACAACACAGAAGUUCAGCCCUUUGAAAACAUAGAAAUAUAUAAUUUGAUGUGUGAUUUGUUAGGAAUUGAGCCUGCAGCCAACAAUGGAAGCCAUGGCAGCCUUAACCAUUUACUGAAAAAGCCGGUAUAUGAGCCUUCCUUGCCAAAAGAACUGUCAGAACCAUUUCAGUGCUCAGUUAAUCACAGUGCCUCUGGGAACACUUUUGGAUGCUCCUGCAAUUUAGCUGGUCUUACAGAAACAGGAUUUAAGGCACAGUUAAUGCUUACCCCAGAGCAAGAAUCUGACACCAAAAAGCUCAACUUGCCCUUUGGAAGACCUGUGGUUUUAAAGAACAGUGAUUAUUGUAUUUUGUACAAUUACAAGUAUAUAAGUGGCUACAGCUAUAAUAUUAAGAUGCCACUGUGGAGUUCAUACACACUUGGAAGAAAUGAAUUUGUGUCUGCGUCUUUGGAAAAGACUUCUUUGUGUUUAUUCAUGGAUGUUCGAAUUCCACCAGGACAAAGUCAGCGAUGUCAAUAUUACCAAGAUCAUCCUUCCCUAAAAUAUGGAUUUCUCUUUCCUGCAAGCCUUAGAAGAACAUCUGAACCAACAUCUUAUUCAGGGAUUACUACUAGCAACAUUGGUCCAAUGUAUCCUGAUUUUAAAGUCAUUUGGGAUUAUUUCCAGAAUGUCAUAUUACUAAAACACGCUUCAGAGAAAAAUGGUAUUAAUGUUAUCAGUGGUCCUAUAUUUGAUUAUGAUUUUGAUGGUCACUCUGACACUUUUGAACUAAUUCAACAAAUGUCAAAAGAUACAGAUGUUUACAUUCCAACUCACUACUUUAUUGUUCUGACUAGCUGUAAAAAUUCCUCCGAAUCCCUGCUGCAGUGUACUGGACCUCUUGAUGUGAUCUCUUAUGUUGUGCCUCAUAGACCAGAGAACAGUGAACGUUGUGCUGAUGAUAAGGAUGAAUCGAUAUGGGUUAAACAGCUUCUCCGAUUCCAUGCAGCCCGUGUGAGGGAUGUUGAACUUCUUACUGCACUAAGCUUCUUUCACAAUACCAAAUAUUCUGUUUCUGAACUUUUACAAAUCAAAACAUUCAUUCCUGAUUAUUUAUGAAUGUGUGAAUAAUUUACUUUACAAACCAGAGCUACUUACAUUUCAAAUGUUUUUGUGUUUCUGCAUGG